AUGAACUUCUUUAUCAAUAAAAUAGAGGAUUUUCUGAAUGCAGUGUGCGUACUUCCAAGCAGAAAGAGACCAAUAAAAAUACUUAAUGACAUCAGUGGAAUCAUCAAACCUGGCAGGAUGACCUUGCUUUUGGGGCCUCCAGGCUCUGGAAAAACCACUUUGCUCCUCACCUUAGCAGGAAAGCUCAACGCUAACUUAAAAGUUUCGGGUGAAGUCACUUACAAUGGCCAUGGGAUGGAUGAGUUUGUUCCCCAAAGAACUUCUGCUUACAUCAGCCAAAAUGACCUGCACAUAGGAGAAAUGACAGUUAGAGAAACCUUGGCUUUCUCUGCUAGAUGCCAAGAGAUGUUAACAGAGCUAUCAAGGAGAGAGAAGGCCACAAACAUUAAACCAGACCCUGACAUUGAUGCAUACAUGAAGGCAACUUCAGUACAAGGGCAAGAGGGCAUAGUUACAGACUACAUACUGAAGAUAUUAGGACUCGAUAUCUGCGCUGAUACUAUGGUAGGGGAUGCAAUGUUAAGGGGUAUCUCUGGAGGUCAGAAAAAGCGAGUUACAACAGGUGAAAUGCUUGUCGGACCAGCAAAAGCCCUAUUUAUGGAUGAGAUCUCCACUGGGCUUGACAGCUCCACGACCUUCCAGAUAGUCAAUUCCCUUCGCCAGUCCAUCCACAUACUUGGGGGCACCGCACUCAUUGCUCUGCUUCAGCCAGCUCCAGAGACUUACGACCUUUUUGACGACAUCAUUCUCCUCUCAGAAGGACAGAUCGUGUAUCAGGGUCCUCGCGAGCAAGUGCUUGGCUUCUUCAGAUCAAUGGGAUUUAGCUGUCCUGAGAGGAAAGGAGUUGCUGACUUCUUGCAAGAAGUAACAUCACAAAAAGAUCAGCAGCAAUAUUGGACAAGGAGAUAUGAACCAUACCACUUUGUGUCAGUUACGGAAUUCGCAGAUGCAUUCUGGUCUUUCCAUGUUGGUCGCGAGUUGCGAGAUGAAUUGUCCACCCCUUUCGACAAAAGCAAGAAUCAUCCAGCUGCUUUAACUACUUCAAGAUAUGGCGUCAGUAAAAGGGAGCUGCUGAGAGCUUGCAUGUCAAGAGAGUUCUUACUUAUGAAAAGGAACUCAUUUGUUUACAUCUUCAAGCUUUUCCAGCUUUUACUGAUAGCAACUAUAGCAAUGACGGUUUUCCUACGUACCAAGAUGAAUCAUGGUUCCAUUGAGGAUGGAUUAGUCUAUAUGGGUGCACUGUUUGUUGGAAUUCUUACUCAUCUAUUCAAUGGGUUUGCGGAAUUGGCAAUGAGUAUCGCAAAACUUCCUGUAUUCUACAAGCAAAGAGAUCUCCUGUUCUAUCCAGCCUGGGCUUAUGCAAUUCCUACAUGGAUCCUCAAGAUUCCAAUAUCUUUUCUGGAAUGUGGCAUAUAUGUCGGCUUGACUUACUAUGUUAUUGGUUUUGAUCCAGAUAUCCAAAGGUAA